UAUACUUUUUAUUAUUUUUAUAGUGCGAUAUAUUAAUUUUAAUUAGAAUUAUUUUAAACUAUAAAAAAUGUACAUAACCAAAAAAAUGAAAAUAUUUUUAUAUUUAAUAUUAUGGAGGUUAUUUUCUGUCUUCAUGGUUCAAACUGCCCAUGUAGCAGAUGAAUAUUGGCAAUCAUUAGAAGUUGCUCAUCAUUUAGCAUUUGGAUAUGGAUAUCUUACAUGGGAGUGGACAAUGAAAAUUCGUAAUUAUAUUUAUCCAUUUUUAUUAUCUAUCAUAUAUAGAAUAUUGACAUUGAUAUCCUUGGAUUAUGUAAUAAUUUUAACAACUGCACCUCGAAUUCUUCAAGCAAUUUUCAGUGCUUAUGGAGAAUACAAAUUCUAUGAAUGGACUAAAAACAAAUGGACAUUAUAUAGUUUAUGUAUAAAUUGGUAUUGGUAUUAUUGUGCUACACGUACAUUAAUAAAUACUAUAGAAACUACAUGUACUAUGAUAGCUUUGUCAAUAUAUCCAUGGCGUGGUAAUAAUAUUAAAACUGUAAAGUAUUUAUGGAUUGUAGGAUUUCUAUGUAUGAUUAGACCUACUGCUAUUAUUGUAUGGUUGCCAUUAUGUUUUUAUCAUUUAUAUACAAAUUUACAAAAUAAGUGGAAAAUAAUAUGUCAGUAUAGUGUAAUAUGCAUUAUUUGUUGCGUAACUUCAAUAUUAUUAGAUACUUACUGUUAUGGUAUUUUAGUCAUUUCUCCUUGGGAGUUUUUUCGUAUGAAUAUACUUCAUAAAAUUGGAAAUUCAUAUGGUACGCAACAUUUCUUAUGGUAUAUUAUAUGUGGAUUACCAGUACUUUUAGGGUGUUAUUAUAUUGUGUUUUUAUUAUGUAUUUGGCAAAUAAUGAAACACCCAUCUUUUUUUCAUUAUCAAGCAGUUAUGUUAUUUGUUAUAUGUUGGACACUUAGUAUUUAUUCUUUGUUGUCUCAUAAAGAAUUUCGAUUUUUAUUACCUCUUUUACCAAUGUGUAUAUAUAUAUGUACUUCUUGUACAUUCCAUUUGAAUAUGAAAUUUAUGAAAACAGCAAGAAAAAUUUUUGUAGGAUUUUUAAUAUUAUCUAAUGUAUUACCUGGUCUUUAUUUUAAUUUAAUACAUCAACGUGGAUCAUUAGAUGUAAUGAAUAUUCUUCAUAAAGAAAUUACUAAUAAUAAGAAUACAAACAACAUAUUAUUUUUAACUCCAUGUCAUGCUACUCCUUUAUAUAGUCAUUUACAUAUAAAUGUAUCUAUUAAAAUAUUAACUUGUGAACCUAAUUUGACUAAUAACAUAAACUAUAUGGAUGAAACAGACAUAUUUUUUACAAAUCCAAUGCAAUGGUUGGUUGAAAAUUAUGAUAUUAAUAAAAAUAUUACUAUUCCGAAUUAUAUAAUAUUGUUUGAUAAUAUUGUACCAAAAAUAGAUCGAUUUUUAAGUCACUAUCAAUUGUUAUCGGAAAUUUUUUAUACACAUUUUCCACAAUCAAAUUAUGGAAAAUAUAUUUAUGUAUAUAAACAUAAAUGA